GAAGUAAAAGCUGUAGUUCCGUGUGAGCGCCGGCCGUACGGAAAUAGGAGAAGCGUCGCUAUGGCUGUGGCUGUGGCCACCGCGGGAAUCCUGAUGGGCUCGGAGCCAGGCCCUGCGGAAGAGCUCGCCAAACUCGAAUAUUUGUCUCUGGUGUCGAAGGUUUGCACGGAACUGGACAAUCACUUAGGGAUCAACGACAAGGAUCUAGCUGAAUUUGUGAUCAGUCUUGCUGAGAAAAAUACCACCUUUGAUACAUUUAAGUCUUCUCUGGUAAAAAAUGGAGCAGAAUUCACGGAUUCUCUUAUUAGCAAUCUACUUCGACUCAUACAAACCAUGCGCCCUCCAACAAAGCCUUCUACUAGCAAAGAUCCAGUUGUUAAACCCAAAACGGAAAAAGAAAAGCUGAAAGAACUCUUCCCCGUCCUUUGCCAGCCAGACAACCCUUCUGUUCGGACCAUGCUGGAUGAAGAUGAUGUGAAGGUCGCCGUGGAUGUCUUAAAGGAACUGGAAGCCUUAAUGCCCAGUGCAGCAGGUCAAGAGAAGCAAAAAGAUGCUGAGCACCGGGACAGGACGAAGAAGAAGAAGCGGAGUCGGAGCCGAGAUCGAGACCGUGAUCGUGAUCGAGACCGUGAUCGAGACCGUGAUCGUGAUCGAGACCGUGAUCGAGAACGAGAACGAGAGCGAGACAGAGACAGAGAGCGAGACAGAGACCACAAGCGGAGACGCCGAUCCCGCUCUCGAUCACAUUCCCGGACCCAAGAGAGAAAUAAAGGGAAGUCUAGAUAUCGGUCCAGGAGCAAGAGUCACAGCCCCCUCAAAGACCGGAAGGACCGGGACAAGUAUGGGGAGAGGAAUCUGGACAGAUGGCGGGAUAAGCAUGUGGACCGCCCUCCCCCUGAGGAGCCAGCCAUCGGGGACAUUUACAACGGCAAAGUUACCAGCAUCAUGCAGUUUGGAUGCUUUGUACAGCUGGAGGGACUAAGGAAGCGGUGGGAAGGCCUGGUGCACAUCUCUGAGCUCCGGCGGGAAGGCCGUGUGGCCAAUGUGGCUGAUGUGGUGAGCAAAGGCCAGAGAGUCAAAGUCAAAGUGUUGUCCUUCACUGGGACCAAGACCAGCCUGAGCAUGAAGGAUGUUGAUCAAGAGACGGGAGAAGAUCUAAACCCAAAUCGACGGCGAAAUCUAGUUGGGGAGACCAACGAGGAAACUUCAAUGCGGAAUCCAGACAGACCCACUCAUCUCUCCCUUGUCAGUGCCCCUGAAGUAGAGGACGACUCUCUGGAGCGCAAGCGCCUCACCCGCAUCUCUGACCCAGAGAAGUGGGAGAUCAAACAGAUGAUUGCUGCCAAUGUCCUUUCCAAAGAAGAGUUUCCAGACUUUGAUGAAGAGACUGGCAUCCUUCCUAAGGUGGAUGAUGAUGAAGAUGAGGACCUUGAGAUUGAACUGGUUGAGGAAGAGCCUCCAUUCCUGAGAGGUCACACCAAGCAAAGCAUGGACAUGAGCCCCAUCAAAAUUGUUAAGAAUCCGGAUGGCUCCCUCUCCCAGGCUGCCAUGAUGCAGAGUGCUUUGGCUAAGGAACGGCGGGAACUCAAGCAGGCUCAGCGAGAAGCAGAGAUGGAUUCUAUUCCCAUGGGACUCAACAAACACUGGGUUGAUCCUUUGCCUGAUGCGGAAGGCAGGCAGAUUGCUGCCAAUAUGAGGGGCAUUGGGAUGAUGCCCAAUGACAUUCCUGAAUGGAAGAAGCAUGCUUUUGGGGGCAACAAAGCUUCUUACGGGAAAAAGACUCAGAUGUCAAUCCUGGAGCAGAGGGAGAGCCUGCCCAUCUAUAAACUGAAGGAGCAGCUGGUCCAGGCUGUGCAUGACAAUCAAAUCCUAAUUGUUAUUGGAGAGACAGGAUCUGGGAAGACAACGCAGAUCACCCAGUACCUGGCAGAGGCCGGCUACACUUCUAGGGGCAAGAUUGGGUGUACUCAGCCAAGAAGAGUGGCAGCCAUGUCCGUGGCCAAAAGAGUAUCAGAGGAAUUUGGUUGUUGUUUAGGUCAAGAGGUAGGCUAUACCAUUCGGUUUGAGGACUGUACCAGUCCUGAGACAGUCAUCAAGUACAUGACGGAUGGCAUGUUGCUCAGGGAAUGUCUCAUUGACCCUGACCUCACUCAGUACGCCAUCAUCAUGUUGGAUGAGGCCCACGAAAGAACAAUUCACACGGACGUGCUUUUUGGGUUGCUGAAAAAGACAGUUCAGAAACGGCAGGACAUGAAGCUGAUUGUCACCUCAGCUACCUUGGAUGCAGUGAAGUUUUCUCAGUACUUCUAUGAAGCACCCAUCUUCACCAUCCCAGGUCGAACUUACCCAGUAGAAAUACUGUACACAAAGGAACCUGAGACAGAUUACCUGGAUGCCAGCCUCAUCACUGUUAUGCAGAUCCACUUAACGGAGCCACCAGGUGAUAUCUUGGUCUUCUUGACUGGUCAGGAGGAGAUCGAUACUGCUUGUGAGAUCCUGUAUGAAAGAAUGAAAUCCCUGGGACCUGAUGUUCCAGAGUUAAUUAUCCUACCAGUGUACUCUGCUCUUCCCAGUGAGAUGCAGACCCGGAUCUUUGACCCAGCUCCUCCUGGCAGCAGAAAGGUUGUGAUUGCCACCAACAUCGCGGAGACCUCACUGACUAUUGAUGGCAUCUACUAUGUGGUAGACCCUGGGUUCGUGAAGCAGAAAGUUUACAAUUCUAAGACAGGGAUUGACCAACUUGUGGUGACGCCUAUUUCUCAGGCUCAAGCUAAGCAACGAGCUGGCAGAGCUGGGAGAACCGGUCCAGGGAAGUGUUAUAGGCUGUACACAGAACGUGCCUACCGAGAUGAAAUGCUGACCACCAACGUGCCGGAAAUCCAGAGAACCAACUUGGCAAGCACAGUACUGUCCCUCAAGGCCAUGGGCAUCAAUGACCUGCUGUCAUUUGAUUUCAUGGACGCCCCCCCAAUGGAAACCUUGAUCACGGCCAUGGAGCAGCUGUAUACACUAGGGGCCCUGGAUGAUGAGGGCCUGCUCACUCGCUUGGGUCGCAGGAUGGCAGAGUUCCCUCUGGAACCAAUGCUGUGCAAAAUGCUCAUCAUGUCUGUGCAUCUGGGCUGCAGUGAGGAGAUGCUGACCAUUGUAUCCAUGCUGUCAGUGCAGAAUGUCUUCUACAGGCCCAAGGAUAAGCAAGCCCUAGCAGAUCAGAAGAAGGCCAAAUUCCACCAGACUGAAGGGGACCAUCUCACCCUGCUGGCCGUAUACAACUCCUGGAAAAACAAUAAGUUCUCCAACCCGUGGUGCUACGAGAACUUUAUCCAGGCCCGUUCCCUGCGCCGGGCCCAGGACAUCCGUAAGCAGAUGUUAGGCAUAAUGGACAGACACAAGCUGGACGUGGUGUCCUGUGGCAAGUCCACAGUCCGAGUCCAGAAGGCCAUCUGCAGUGGCUUCUUCCGUAAUGCUGCCAAGAAAGACCCGCAGGAGGGUUACCGGACCCUCAUCGACCAGCAGGUGGUCUACAUCCACCCUUCCAGUGCACUCUUCAACAGACAGCCAGAAUGGGUAGUGUAUCACGAACUGGUGCUGACCACAAAGGAGUACAUGCGUGAAGUCACCACCAUUGACCCCCGGUGGCUCGUAGAGUUUGCCCCAGCCUUCUUCAAGGUCUCUGAUCCAACCAAGCUCAGCAAGCAGAAGAAGCAGCAGCGACUCGAGCCCCUAUACAACCGCUAUGAGGAGCCGAAUGCCUGGAGAAUAUCCCGGGCCUUCCGGCGGCGCUGAGGGGCAAGCUUAUCCACUUGCCCAUCCUGCAGCAGUGGCCGGGGCUUAGCCUUCCUCUUGCUGAUAAGAAGCUGGUGUGGAACAUACAGCUGUCCUGUGACUGCAUGUCUUAGUGGCAUUUUCUCACACGUGACUCUUCUUCCCUGGUGUAAGCUUGGCAUUGACCAGAACCUUCAACCCACACAAGUUUGGGGGUUACUUGGAUUUCACAGCCAGCAUGAGGACACAUUACAUCAUCAAGAAAAGGCAACUUAUACAUCCCUAGGCUAGGAAAAGGGGAGUAAGCAAGUGCGUGACACAUGACAGACCAGCGAGGACCCUGUUGCCCCCCAGUUGGUGCUCCCUGGAGGAGAGAACCACAGUGCUUGUUCAUUUCCUGCUCUUACCCUGCCCAUCCUUUAGCUUGGCCUCCUAGAAUUAUUUAUUUUUUUCAAGGAAACAAGAAGGUGAUUCUGUUUCUUUUUGCUGAAAGGUUAGCAUCUUGGCUUGGAAUCAGGAUGAGGACAAACCCCUGAAACCAGAGUCUAGCCUUUGGGGUUUGACAUGAUGCCCAGCAUAGACCUUUCAGCCCUGGAGGAGUGAGCCCAGCCCUGCCACAGGCUUCACUCUGGCACAUGAUGGUUUAGAUGCCACGUGUGAACAGAGGCUUUCCCCUCCCAUUUACCACGUGUAUUAUGCCUCAUUUCUUUUUGAAAUAUCCAACUAACACAACUUGCAUUUUAUUUUAGUAUUUUUUCCCCUGACAUCCUCAUGGACUUGAAUUAGGGGUUUUCAAGUCAAAGCCUUCCCUCCCCUCCCCUGCCCCAAGAGGAAAACAGCUAGUUUGUGCUCUGGGGCUAUUCUUAGUUUUUAGUUUGUUUUUUUCCCUACUAUUUAGUUGUGAAAUGGCCACCUCCUAGUGUGCCCCUGCAAAGCACGUGAGGAGACCCAGCAAGUCCUACUGGGCCAAGUUGUAAGACUUCAGAAGCCCCUGAGAAAUUGGGGUCCCACUGCGCACCUCUGUAUGUUAGUAAACUCUAAAAUUACCUAACUACUAGCCUUGUAUGCCCACGACUGCACUGCAUUCUAGGGUAUAAAGGAAUGUGUGUGGUCCCUGGCAGAAGAGAAGUCACCCUAAAGACAGUUGAGAGACUCCAAGGGAGAGAAUGUAGGCCAGGAAGCGUGCUGACUGCAGAUCCCUGGCCCUUCAUUAAGCUGAGUGAGCUCCUCAGUGAGCCCAGGCCAGCAAUGAAGGGCCAGCACGUCGGCAUCCUGGAAGGCCUUGUGAAGAGAUGGUGCAGGACUGCCAGCGGCAACUGAACGGGGCCCAGUACUCCAUUCCUGUCUUUAUUCCUGCCUAGAUCUCCCUGAUCUAGAGCAGCCCCUGGCUAUGGCAACCAGACCUGUCCUCACUAUGCCCAGCACUGACCCUAUUGGUGCCUAAGGAGAUAAGGUUUUAGGCUGAGAUUGAAAGGGGCUGUUUAGUAGGCCAAAGGGAGGGGAACAACUGGACAGCUUAUCCUUCGGCUUGAGGUGGGCAAGAUCCCCGCUCUGUGGGUGUUUUCCCCCAUAGGGUUGAAGUCCCUUCUCUGCGAUCACAAUGUGCUUUUGUCCUCAGAAUAGCCUUGUUGGCAGCAGAGUGGAGGCUGCUCUCACGUAAUGGGACCAGUUGUUCCCAAGACUGACAGCCCACAAACGUGGGGUGCCUGUGCACACACAGCUGGAGUCUUCUAGCCAUUGGAAUAUAGUUUCCCCUAAUUCAGCAGGAUCCUAGCUCACGAUGCUGUUUCCUGCCCUGAACAUGUGCAGUCUCUGUGCACGAGCUGCCCCCUUGGGACACAGCAAGCCCUGCUGCUCUGCAGGCUCUUCUGCCCACUGGAGCACCUCCUUCAACCUGUUUCCUCUGGCUGGUGGCUGUUGCUUUCUCAUCAGAGCAGUGUCCCUCCACGUUUGAAGAAUUGAACAGAGCUCUGAGUUGCAGCUUGUUAAGGAACAGUUGAGAACAGAGCAAAUGGCUUAGCCUGUGGAAAGCUUUUUUUUAAUGGACU